AUGGACUCUCCAGGCGGCGCGAUCUCGAGGAGGCCAUUGUUUGUGGCGGUCGUGUUGUUUCCAGAGUUUGAGCUGCUGGACGUGGCCGCGCCGGGCGAGCUCCUGGGAGCAGACGGAGGGCACUUCCGCCUGGCCUACUGCGCCGAGCACCCGGAGACGCCCGUCCGCUCCAGCUGCAUGCAGCUACGGAACUCGGAACGGCACCGCGGGUCCGAGCUGGGUCGCGACGCACAGGUUGGUCCUCGACGGUGGGCAGGCCAGGGUCGCGAGGGUGCAGCGCGAGAGCCAGGGAGCUCUGGCCGGCGAUCCGCAAGGGGAGGAGGCUGCGAAGGAGCCCGACGAGCUGGUCCCAGACGUGGUCCUGGUGCCGGGCGGCAAGGGCGUGCGGCAGGAGGUGGGCAACGAGUUCCUGAAGGAGUGGCUGAAGAUCCGAGCUCGGGCCCGCUGCUGCCCCCGCGGGCCCUCGUCCGCUGCGUCACCGUGUGCACGGGGUCGUGGCUGCUGGGCGCGGCGGGGGCGCUGGACGGGAGGAGGGCGACCUCGAACAAGAGCGCGCUGGCCGCGGGGCGGCCACAGGCCGCUGCGCCCGCGGUGCAGUGGGUGCUGAGGGCGAGGUGGGUGGAGCACAUCGAGCGCGAAGCAGGGCGGCACAGGGGAGAAGCUCUUCCUCACCUCGAGCGGCGUGUCCGCCGGGGGCGACGCGGCGCUCGCUCUGAUCGCCUACGUCUCCGGGAGCGAGGCCCACGCAGAGGCCAUCGCGAGGGCCGCCGAGUGGACGUGGCACAGGGACCCGGCGAACGACCCGUUUGCGCUCGGCGAGUAGUCGUGUUCUCUGUGGCAUGCGCGCGCGCUGCGGGGCUGUGGGAGAGGCAGGGGUGCUCACGGCGAGCAUCGGUGUUUCACCUCCUCGGCUUCCUCGCUCUCGUGCUGCAGCUCCCUCUGCCAGUUCCUCCCGCCCUGCCGCUCCCCUGCCCUUCAAUCUUCCCCAGUCGAUCCUCCGCGCCGUGCCAACAGCGCAUGGCGAUUCCGCAACCACAGUGUGCGCGAAUGCAGGCGGUCGUUGCCCAGGGUGCUGUCAGGCGCCCGCUGCUGGCACCAGCCCGAGGCACGCCCGCACGUACCAGGAGUAUCCUGCUACCUCCUCCCCCUCCCUCUCGCUGUCUCCCUCCACUUGUGGUUGUUAUCUUGUUGCAUUGCCUUCCCGCCAUGGGUGUGGACACUUUGUGCCCGGGCACCGUUCCUCCCGCUCCUCCACGUACGCAGUCCGUGUGGGGUCAUACGGCGGAGUCUUAUUUGGGCUCCUCCACGUACUCCGUGUGGGCUCCUCCACAUACGUAG